UUGGCCUCCCAACAGACACUUAAACACAGCCGAGCGUUUGGAUGAGUAAUCAGUCCGGUUCGCCUGACUCGGCAUGGAUCUGUUGUGAGUGGCGCUUUUCUUCCCUUCCCCUCCACAUGAGCUGCUGCUGGAUGCUACUCGCCCUCCCCCCGCCGCACUUGUUGCGUAAAAACUGGAUGCGCCACUGAGUCCUUGGAGAGGAGAGGCAGGGACGGACUGCAACAGGUGCACACAGAGAGUCUUCCCCCCAAAAAGACUGCACCGUAGGUAGGGAUAUUAUGCAUCAUUUGGCAAUUUAAUAGGUUGUUUGUUUAGGCAUAUUUUGACCAGAUAAAUUAAUCCGUUGUGAUUUUUAGUGAUUUUUUUAAAACAGUUUUUCUUUCCUUUUUUUCACUUCACUGACUUCAAGAUAAAACAAAACUUUAAAUGCCGAUUUGAAGAUCCUUUGGCCAUCUUCAUCGCUCACCGCGUGCACAAAGCCAGGAUGCCGGUUCUGACAAGCCCCGACAUUGCCAAUAAGUUUAAGGAGAAAUGGCUGGCGGUGUACCCGGAGGAUCAGGUCACCGGGUCCGACUCUACGCCCCUGGACGACAGCCUCACCAGCCUCCACUGGCUCCAGAAUUUCUCCAUCCUCAACGCGGACCCGGAGCGACCCAACGGAUCUGGACCCGGCUGUCAUUUCUCCCAGCAGAACCUGUAUCUGAAGCGGCUCGGCUUUCCCAGGGGCGGCUCCGACUCUCCGUCCAGCCCGCCGGCCGGGGACACCGCCGCCACCGGGAUGCCUCUGUACCUCGGGAGCCCCGUUACCUCUGGCAGCGACUGCACCGCGGUGCCGCGGUUCGCCGAUUGCGCGCACCCAGGGAACAACUACCCACAGAUCCCCAUCCAGGCCAGCCCGCCCGUGGAGGUCGAUUACAAAACCAACCCUAAAGUCAAACCGCCCUAUUCCUACGCUUCUCUCAUCUGCAUGGCCAUGCAGGCCAGCAAACAGCCCAAAGUGACUCUGUCUACCAUCUAUAACUGGAUAACGGAGAAUUUCUGCUACUACAAACAUGCGGAGCCCAGCUGGCAGAACUCGAUUCGUCACAACCUGUCCCUCAACAAGUGUUUCAAGAAGGUCCCCAGACAGAAAGACGAGCCAGGGAAGGGGGGCUUCUGGCAGAUUGAUCCACAGUAUGCAGAUAUGUUUGUCAAUGGCAUCUUCAAACGCAGGAGGAUUUCUGCCAACAACUACAACAACAGCAGCAGCAUCGCCCACAAACUGGUUCAGGGUUACCACAGCACACAAAAUGGCUGCCCUUACCAAGGGGUUGGCGGGAAACGGAAGCAGUCGCCCUCCAAGAACAAUAGCAAGGCGAUGAGGGCGACCGAGUCACCUCUUUUAGGUACAGAGGCCCACAAAGCAGACAUCCUGCGGGGGGACUUUGACCUGGCGUCAGUGUUCGACGACGUUCUCAGCGGGAACUGUAGCACCUUCGAGGAUUUGGACAUCAACACGGCGCUGAGCUCCCUGGGAUGCGAGAUGGAGGUUUCCAUGCAGGGGAGGCAGCAUUCGGGGGCGGGGCUGGGGAGGUGGUGCGGCGGCGGGGACGUCACGGGUCAGAGCCAGCACCUGAACCACCUCCAAUCCUACGGUUACAUGGAGUUGAGCGUCGCUUCCAUGGAUUGCACGGCCAACAUGGGAGAGCUCCAUGUGCCGCAGCAGCAGCAUCCGCUGCAGCAGGAGCAGCAGCAGCUGGACCAGGAUCAGCUGCUCCAAAGUCAUCACCACCUGCCGCAGUUCGACGAGCCCUCCGCUCUGUUCCCGGAGCAGCCCGAGGAGGCGGUGCUGCAGCCCUGGGAGGAGAUCAAAGAGGAGGAGCAGGCGAUUCCUCUUACUCUGGAUCAGGGCUUCGGCCUGUGCGAGGGCUUCUUCACAGAGAUGCAGCCAUGGGAACGAGUGGAGGCUUAUCUGUGACCUUUGACCCUCAAACCUCAUUGACUCCUAAUUAUCUUCCCCCAAUGACCUGAACAUGUCUGAUUACUGGUCCAAUAUUACCACCAUGAGGAUACUUCUGCAUUCCCUCCGGUCAUUCUGCAGCA